ACAAAACAAAAUGGCGAGUCCCCUUGUAGCUGCAGUCACAUCGCUCUAAGCAGCCGAGAGGAGGUUUUCUCCUGUUUAGAUGUUCUGUUGUUAUAGCAGAGUGAUCAUUUGGAUAACAUUUUCUACCUAAUCGUCUUCGGCCUUAUUGGUCUUGACGUUAAUAUUCGUGCGUUAGAUGCAGUGGAAAACAUAAUGAAUGAAUGUGUCUGGAUACGAUGCUUUGACACUAACUGACUUCUGCUCCAUUUCCUAGUUUUAAACUUCUUCUCUUCACGGAACAUUUGUCUACAUUUUAGCGUUUGCAUUUAGAUGUUUCUGCAGCUGUAAUAAAGAUAGUUUGUUCGUUUUACUGGAGUGAGCAAGCGAGUAUCCUGUAGCGUUUUGGAGAAGUCUGCGGAGCUGUGUUAUGGCUUUGUGAAACUUCAAUCAAAACACCGGUGAAGAUGAACAGGAAAAAGGAUAAAGGAUUUGAAAGCCCUCGUCCCUUUAAAUUGACUCAUCAGGUGGUGUGCAUCAACAACAUCAACUUCCAGAGGAAAUCUGUCAUUGGCUAUGUAGAGCUGACCAUUUUCCCCACAGUGGUGAAUCUCAACAGGAUCAAGCUCAACAGUAAACAAUGCCGUAUUUACCGAGUCAGAGUCAAUGAUCUGGAGGCUCCUUUUAUUUACAACGACCCCACGCUCGAAGUCUGUCACCAUGAGUCCAAGCAGAGGAACCUAAAUUACUUCUCAAGUGCGUAUACAGCGGCAGUGAGUGCAGUGGACCCUGAUGCUGGUCACGGGGAGCUGGUCAUCAAAGUUCCGUCUGAGCUCUGGAAACAAGGAGAUGAUUUGAAGGUUUUAAAGGUCUACAUAGAAUUCUCCCUGGAUCAGCCUAAAGGAGGACUACACUUUGUUGUCCCUGAUGUGGAGGGGAGCAUGGCUGAGAGGGCAGCUCAUGUAUUUUCAUUUGGAUACCAGAAUUCCACCAGAUUUUGGUUCCCCUGUGUGGACUCUUACUCUGAGCUGUGCACCUGGAAGCUGGAAUUCACUGUUGAUGCCUCUAUGGUGGCUGUUUCCUGUGGAGAAUUGGUGGAAACCAUCUACACACAUGACAUGAGAAAGAAGACUUUCCACUACGUCUUGCCCAUCCCCACUGCAGCCCCUAACAUCUCUCUUGCUGUGGGACCUUUUGAAAUCCUGGUUGACCCUUAUAUGCAUGAGGUGACCCAUUUCUGCCUGCCUCAGUUGUUGCCUCUGCUCAAACACUCCAUGUCGUACCUUCAUGAGAUUUUUGAGUUUUAUGAAGAAAUCCUGACCUGUCGCUACCCGUACGCCUGCUUUAAGACAGUCUUUGUAGAUGAGGCUUAUGUGGAAGUGUCCUCCUAUGCCUCAAUGAGCAUUUUCAGUACCAACUUGCUCCACAGUGCCAUGAUCAUUGACCAGACCCCUUUGACCCGUCGCUGUUUGGCCCAGGCUUUGGCUCAGCAGUUCUUUGGUUGCUUCAUCUCCAGGAUGUCUUGGGCUGAUGAGUGGGUGCUGAAGGGCAUCUCCGGGUACAUCUACGGCUUGUACCUGAAGAAGACCUUUGGAGUCAACGAGUACAGGCACUGGAUCAAACAGGAGUUGGACAGGAUUAUUGAAUAUGAGCUGAAGAUGGGAGGUGUUCUGUUGCACCCGACAUUUGGGGGAGGCAAAGAGAAAGACAAUCCGACCCCCCACCUUCACUUCUCUAUCAAACAUCCACACACACUGUCGUGGGAGUAUUUCAAAAUGUUUCAGUGUAAAGCCCACCUUGUGAUGAGGUUAAUAGAAAACCGCAUCAGCAUGGAAUUUAUGUUACAGGUCUUCAACAAGCUCUUGAGUUUGGCUAGUACAGCAUCCUCACAGAAAUACCAGAGUCACAUGUGGAGCCAAAUGCUUUUAUCCACCCAUGCCUUUCUCAAAUCCAUCUCUAACGUCUCGGGCAAAGACAUUGGACCCCUCAUCAAACAAUGGGUGGACCAGAGCAGUGUGGUAAAAUUCUUUGGCAGUUUUGCCUUCAACAGGAAGAGAAACGUUUUGGAGCUGGAGAUCCGUCAAGACUACACAUCGUCAGGAACUCAGAAAUAUGUGGGUCCCAUUAAGGUGACUGUGCAGGAAUUAGAUGGUUCCUUCAACCACACACUGCAGAUAGAAGAGAACAGUCUCAAGCAUGACAUCCCCUGCCACUCCAAGAGCAGAAGGAACAAGAAGAAAAAGAUCCCUUUGAUGAAUGGAGAAGAAGUGGACAUGGACUUGUCUGCUAUGGAUGCUGACUCCCCUCUCCUGUGGAUUCGCAUUGAUCCAGACAUGUCCAUUUUGAGGAAGGUGGAGUUUGAACAAGCAGACUUCAUGUGGCAGUACCAGCUCCGAUAUGAGAGGGACGUAGUGGCACAGGUUGAGUCUAUUGUUGCAUUGGAGAAGUUUCCGACUCCGGCCUCCAGACUAGCUUUGACGGACAUCUUGGAACAGGACCAGUGCUUCUACAAAGUCCGCAUGCAAGCCUGUUUUUGCCUGUCCAAGAUUGCAAAUUCUAUGAUGAGCACGUGGCAGGGUCCUCCAGCGAUGAAGUCCUUGUUUACCAGGAUGUUCUGCUGCAAGAGCUGCCCGAACAUCGUAAAAACUAACAACUUCAUCAACUUUCAGAGCUACUUCCUGCAAAAGACAAUGCCUGUUGCCAUGGCUUUACUCAGAGAUGUCCAAAACCUCUGUCCUAAAGAUGUCCUCAACUUCAUACUCGACCUUAUAAAGUACAAUGACAACAGAAAGAACAAAUUUUCAGAUAACUAUUACCGAGCCGAUCUGAUUAAAGCUCUGACUAACUCACUCACACCAGCCAUCAGCAUCAACAAUGAGGCCCGGACAGUUGUCAGUCUGAAUCCUGACGUCCGCCUCAUUUUGGAAGAAAUCACACGGUUCCUGAACAUGGAGAAACUGCUGCCCAGCUUCAGAAACACCAUCACUGUCAGUUGUCUUCGAGCGAUUCGCGAGCUGCAGAAAAAUGGUCAUAUUCCCAGUGACCCAUCUCUGUUUAAGUCCUACGCUCAGUACGGACACUUUGUGGAUGUUCGGGUGGCUGCACUGGAUGCUCUCAUAGACUAUACAAGAGUUGAGCAGAGUGCAACAGAACUGCAGUGGCUGCUUGACAUGGUUCAAAAUGAUCCAGUCCAUUAUGUCAGACACAGAAUUUUGGGGAUGCUGUGUAAAAACCCACCUUUCACCAGAACGUCAGACUCAAUCCUGUGCAACGAAGCUUUGGUCGACCAGCUUUGGAAACUCAUGAACUCUGGUACAUCCCAUGACUGGAGGCAACGCUGUGACGCGGUUAACCUCUAUUACACUUUGUUUGGUCUGACUCGCCCCUCGUGCCUGCCUCUGCCAGAACUGGGCCUUGUGUUGAACCUGAAGGAGAAGAAAGCCGUCCUGAACCCCACCAUCAAACCUGAGCUGGGUGGAGCCACCGUCAUAGACACGCCCGCUAGCAUCGGUAUCCAUGGAGUUGGCAUGAGCUAUACUGCUGUGGAUGAGGAGCCUGACCCGGUGUCAUUGGGUGUGUGUGGAGUAGGGCAGCCCCCUCCUGGCCUGAAGAGAAAGGCCGAGACCCCUCUAGGCUCACCCCCCGAGCCCGGACAAGUACUGCAGCCACAGGAUGAUGACACUAGAGGAGGACGCUUCAAAAUCAGGUUCAAUGCAAUGGAGGAUGAAGAUAUUGACAUGGAGACUGUUCAUGACAGCCAGGCUUUUAUUCAUCAACAUCUAAAUCUGUUGGAGAGACCUUCUACACCAGGAAAAGAACCUCCAUCAGUGGAACAAUCCAUGCUGUCGAUGCCCGCCACGCCCGCUCCCAUCUUCUCCAAAGAGACUACCUCCUCCUCCUCGAAGCACGUGGGCGAUCAUGGGCACCACCAUCACCACCACCAUCACGAACAUAAGAAAAAGAAGAAGAAACACAAACACAAGCAUAAACAUAAGCACAAACACGAGAGUAAGGACAAGGACAAAGACCGGGACAAUGCACACAUCUACAGUAACAGCCCGGCCAGUGGACGCUCCCUUCGAUCGCCUUCGCUGUCCGACUGAAGAGGGUUAGGAAAAUGAGGGCUUUAAUAAUCCAUUGUGAGUAUUUAGAACAUAAUGGUGACAUGGCAAGAGUAAAUAACAUGUUUUGCCAUGUAGAAAGUCCUUCAGUGCUUUGUAUUCAGCAAUAUCCAAGUAUGACUAAUAGAUUCCAAAUGGCCAGCUUUGAUAUAAAAAUAACUGAGUACGGUACAUUUCUGCGGCUUCAGGACCCCACAAUUGUUAAAUUACUGUGAAUGGGAAAGUGGAUGUUAAUUUUAGACUGUUUCUGAAUGCAAUUUAGAGUCAUUCUGUCUAGUAAUACCAUAGCACAACAAAGCUGCCUCUGGAUGUUGUUCGAAAUGUAUACCUUCUAAUGUAACUUACAAAGUUAAAAAGAAAAUAGUAAAAUAGGAGAACAGCUAUAUUGGUUCAAAAAUUCAAGACUGAAAAUCUUUGUACAAGACAAACUGAAACCCUAGCCUGUAAAAAUCUUAAAAAUAUGCAAACUUCGUAAAGGGCCUGUAUUACUCUGUCUUCUGAUUUAUGUUAUAAUGUAAUUUCCUCAUCAAAAACAUACAUGGAGAUUUGUUUUGUUUCAUUAACACACAAACCUUGGAUAUUUAGACUUCUCUUAGUUCUCUCAAACAUAAAAAACACUGGAGCACGUCCUGUAUUACCACAUAUACUGUUUUUAAACUUCAUACGCCUUUCCUGGAGUCAUUUGGAUGAUUUCAUCUUUGAAAAUGCCAAAACUAAAUGAACAAAAGGUAAAAGGUAGCUAUUAACUUGAAAAAUACCGCUUCAUGACAUCACAAAGUGGUACAGAGCAGCCUAAUAAUACAGGAUUACUCAAAUAUGUGUGAAUGAAACAAUAUACAAAUACGAGUAUGUUUUUGAUGAGGUAACAACAUUAUAGGACCUUUAAAUUAUUUGUUGUGGAUACCCUGUUAAACACCCUCAUAAAAACCUUAAAAUCUAAUCUCAAAAUCUGGUUUGUGCAUUUCACCAAAAAGCUGCUUCGCCACCCCAAAACAUCUGUAUUUGUGUGUAUAAUAGCAGGUGAGAUGUGAUGUUGUUUGGACAUAUGUUAGCGGCAGGUGCGAGCAGACUACAGCCAACCCCUUGUGAUGCCAUCAGGAGCACGCCGUAAUACAUGUCUGACCAGGGCCCCACAAAUGCCUACCUAAAACUGAGACUGCAGUGUUAAAAAGGUAAAAACUCACUCACAUACAUGCAGUUGACGCUUGGCCAUUGGAGUUUGUGCACUUUUAACACCGCUUCCAGGCUGUCUGAGGUAUUCUGACCACACUGGCCUCUGUCCACACACGGGCUGGUUUUAUAGCGCCCCCCCUCAGCGUAGAGACCACUCCAAGUCCCGCGUCACCAGAACCAUAGUCCCUGCCGACGUUCCGUGGUCUGAGGGAAAUGAUGGAUUGCAGUUUGAAACAUUAUGUCUGAACUGGACUGUACCUGAAGUUUCUGCUAAAGACAUUUCCUUCCCCUUUAGAUCACUGUACUUUUCAAAUGAGUCAUAUGUGGUUUUAUUAAUACUCUGCCAUAUUGUUGAUUAAAGAGAUUUUUGUACUUAGAA